CCGAUCGGCACACGGUCCCGAGGCGCGUCAGUCGAGCCGCAAUCAUCGGACAGUGAACUUCGUACGACGACCGUUCAUCACAACAAUCACGAUCGUCCGUACCGUUUGUGCGUUUUCGUUUGGUGUAACAGGUCGUACAACAACAGGGUGAACAGAAUGGCCAACAACAGGGCUACCAAGUCUGGAUUCGCGGCGGAAGCGCAGAGAAAGAUCAACAGCAAAUACAGCGAGGAACUGGCGCAGGAAUGUUUGGAAUGGAUCAAAACGAUCACCGGCGAGAACAUAAACACCAACGGGGACAUGGAUAAUUUCUUUGAAACGCUGAAAGACGGAGUCCUCCUUUGCAAGCUAGUGAACGACAUUAAAGAGGGAUCGGUGAAGAAAAUUAACUUAAAGAUUAAUUUGGCCUUCAAGUGCAUGGAGAACAUCAACGCGUUCCUCGAAGCUGCGAGAGUGCUCGGCGUCCCGGCGCAAGAGACCUUCCAGACCGUGGAUCUCUGGGAAAGACAAAAUCUCAACUCGGUCGUAAUUUGCUUGCAAUCCCUCGGUAGAAAGGCUGGUAACUAUGGCAAACCAAGUAUCGGACCAAAAGAAGCGGACAAAAAUGUACGCAACUUUACGGAAGAGCAAUUAAGAGCUGGACAGGGUGUGAUCAGUCUGCAAUACGGCAGUAAUAAGGGUGCUAAUCAGAGUGGCAUUAACUUCGGCAACACCAGACACAUGUAAAUCUGUUUCAUUUAAACAUUGUACAACGAAACUUCACCCGCGUCUAUUAUUUUAUUCCUAAGAUACGCUAGAUAUACGGACAUUUAUUUUGUAAACGUUGGUAGAAGAUUUGGCAUGAAAGUAAAAUUACGUUGUAUCAAGAUUCCAAUUUACAUUGUUACAAGAUCGAAGCGCAUUCGAAUACUUAUUGUAUAAUAUAAAGUUAUAUCACAUAAUUUCUGAAGUGUCCUUUAGAGGCACGAAAAUUUUUAUAAUUUUCUCAUUGAAAUUAAUAAUUAUUAAAUGCGAUGAAAGAAUCAUCGUGCUCUAAGAACCAGCAGAAAUGGAAGAAUAAGAUGACAUUAAACAGUUAAGAUAUGUCAAUGUUGUGUUGUUUGAUUCAUCGUGUAUCAUUCCUCUUCUUAUGUACAUGUCAUGUCAAUGCUCGAACAUUCGAACUUGUCUUCGUUUAGGAUUUACACUUCGCGUAAAAGAUAAGUGCCACGCUCUUAAAUGUUUCUUCAGUUUUAGGAAAAUUGAUGGUAAUAAAAAGUGAUACUUAUGGAA